CACUUUCAUCAGGUCGAGAGUUUCACCGCCUUAAGCAGCCUCGCCUGUUUUUGGCAAAUCCAUGAUCAUUAUAUAGUUUGUGUAGUCACUCUGGCACACCUUUCCAGCCUUAUCAGCGAGGGCGUGUCCCAAAGCAGCGCUCUCCGACACGAAUCACCUGAGCUCACUACGCCACGACAGGAGGAGGAAAAUGGGUAAAGUAGGAGAACGUGUGGAUUUUGAAUGGGUCUAUGAUGAGCAGCCACACACAUGGAGAAGAAAAGAGAUUUUAGGAAAGUAUCCACAGAUCAAGAGUUUGAUGGGUCCUGACCCCCAGCUGAAGUGGGUUGUGUCUGGAAUGGUGCUCACUCAAUUCGUGGCAUGUUACCUGAUCCAUGAGUUGUCUUGGAAGUGGUUGUUUUUCUGGGCAUAUGCCUUUGGUGGCUGUAUAAACCACUCCUUAACCCUGGCAAUCCAUGACAUCUCGCAUAAUAUUGCAUUUGGGAACAAGCGAGUGCGCUGGAAUCGGUGGUUUGCCAUGUUUGCCAAUCUACCCAUCGGCCUACCUUACUCAGCCUCCUUCAAGAAAUACCACAUUGACCACCACCGCUACCUUGGAGGGGAUGGCCUGGAUGUGGAUAUCCCUACAGAUCUGGAAGGCUGGUUCUUUUGCACGCCUGCAAGGAAGUUGCUCUGGCUCUUCCUCCAGCCCUUCUUCUAUGCACUACGGCCUCUGGUGGUGAACCCAAAACCUGUCACCAGAUUGGAGAUGAUGAAUGCAGCCGUUCAGUUUGCAGCAGACAUUCUUAUCUACUAUAUCUGGGGACUCAAACCAAUUGUGUACCUUAUCUCAGGGUCCAUACUGUGCAUGGGCUUGCACCCCAUCUCUGGACACUUCAUUGCUGAGCAUUACAUGUUCCUGAAGGGCCAUGAGACCUACUCGUACUAUGGCCCUCUGAACUUGAUCACCUUCAAUGUGGGAUACCAUAUGGAGCAUCAUGAUUUCCCCAGCAUCCCUGGUAGUAAGUUACCUGAGGUGAAGAAAAUAGCAGCAGAGUAUUAUGAUUCUCUACCGCAGCACACCUCCUGGAUACAGGUGCUCUGGGACUUUGUGUUUGACGACAGCAUUGGCCCCUAUGCCAGAAUCAAAAGAGAAUACAAACUGGCCAAACAGGAAUAAGUUGCACUGUGGGCGCAUUAUUCUCACAGAGCCGCUAUUUAAACGGAAAAGAAGAAAAGCUGGACAGGCCUGCUGAACUGGUAGAAACCUGCGUUUAAAACCUUUUUGACUUGCAGCAGGGAAACGGGUUUAGAGUACAUCUGAACUGGAUGGUCAGUUCCAUUGAGUUUUCAACUAAUGUUGGGUAGAAGCAAUGGAUGAUGAGAUGAAAUGUGUUUUUGUACUAAUCAGCCUCUAAAAUGUCUUCUCAGUGAUGAGGCAUACUGACCUUUGGACAUGCAGAAUAUUUCAGAAGAGGCUGUCAUUCUAAAACUACUGUAAUCUGAGAUUGAUCAAGUUUGAAUACGUUCAUUCACAAGUUGUGAACUGUACGUGACCUUGUGAAUCACUUGAUGUGUGACAGUGUGAAUACGUUACAAUGCAAUGCCUAAAUUAAAACAAGAAUUCCUUAAGUAGUUGAA